AUGAGGCGACUGAAGAAAAGACACAACAGCAACAACAACAACAACAACAACAACAACAACAGCAAACAGAAGCUGAACUUGCAUCAAACGAUCAGACUGCUGCACUCAAUCACCUGUCGGAUGAUUCAGCAACGAUUGGCACCAUUAGACAAACUGUUUCAAAUGUUUAAUCAAAACUUUGGAACUAGUGAGGAAAGAAUUUCUAAGAUUAAAAAACUUGAAAAAGACCUUUUAAAAUUGUCACAGGACUUUAGUUCGAUGGCCAACCAGCCAGUGAAACAUUCUACACUGGGUUUUACAGCUUUUGAUGGCUACACCGAUGAGUUAUUUGACGCCAUACCAUAUCUACGUGUAGAGCGUAACCUAGGAAACCAUUUUAACCCCAACACUGGUGAGUUCACCGCCCCUGUUGACGGCCUGUACUUAGCAAGUCUAACAAUAGAACAGGCCGGGGAUCAGGCUGUGGCGGCCAGCGCCCUACUUAUAUCUGGUGACGUAGGGUCUUGUCCAGUCCAUGUUGUGACAAAAGAUAAAUCUGUUCACGAGACUGGAACCUGCUCAAAUUUCCUUCUUGGUGUGUAG